AUGUGCUCACCAUCAGCGUCGUUGUUGGUGAAUCCACUGAACAGCAACCAGCAUAUUCAUGGAGAACUUUCUGUUUGUCAGCUUGCCACCAACUCCAAUCUACAGGAUCCAGCGUCACGGUUUCAUCGAGACAUGUUGCGAGUUUUGGACUCACGACAAAAUAUGUCACCAGCAGAUCACGCAUCCUCACUGCCAAUUGAAAGGAAGAAACGACCAAACCUACUCACUAGUGACAUUGAUGGAGUUGAGAGAGUGGUUUCAAUGUUGGAACACAUGGUGGAGAUUGGAGUUGCCACAGAAGAAUCCUUUCAAAUAGCACUCGAGGGUUUGUCGAAUAGAGGGAGAUUAAGAUGGAGACGCGCGAGCGAUUCGGCAGUAGUUUGUGCAGCUGACGAGGUUGAACCACUAUUGAAGAAGCUUUGGGAUGAUAAAAAUGGAACCGUUUCUACAAAAACCUGCAACUUUGCUUUGAAAGCUUACGCAGCCUGCUCUACGCCACGUGGGGAUAGGAUGUAUGCUCAAAAAGCAGAAGCUGUGGUAGUAAAAAUGCAAGAGACAGGAAUCGACAUCACAAGUGAAACAUUAGCUCAUUUGGUUCAUGCAUGGGCUUGGCAACAAGAAAACCGUGAUUCUGGUGAGUGUGUCAAGAGGGCACAGCACUACUUUGAUGAAAUGAUGAAGUUGUCCCCAGACGAAGAUACCGUUUUUAGAGGGUACGAAUUGUUACUAGAAGCUUGGUCGAAAUGUUCUUCCUCGUCCGCAGCGGAGUCGUCGGAGAGAAUAUUUUCCAAAAUGAAGCAACUCCGAGGUGUAAAUGUUGGUGCGCAGCAAUAUUCGAACGCUAUUUUAGCGUUGGCGAAGCAAAACGGUGAAGAAAAUGCAGAGAAAGCAAAUUCUCUUCUGCUUCAAAUGAUUGAUGAAUACGAAGCAAGUGGGUAUGGUGAGUCUACAAGGCCUGAACUGAUAGCAAUCAAUGGUGUUAUUGCUGCAUGGUCUCGAUGUCGUCGGAUAGAUAAAUCUGAAGAAGUGUUGUGGCUAGCGAGCGACCUUGGAAAGACUUGCGAGGAUAUAUAUCCCGAUGUGGUUACGUUCAACGGUGUACUCCAUGCAUAUAUUCGUCAUAGAGACAGGUCGAAAUCUCUUGACAAAAUGAUCAAAAUAAUUGAUUACAUGGAAGCAAACUCAAAAGAACAUCCAGUGAUGAAGCCAGAUGGGUUCACAUAUAACACUCUUCUCAAGGCUUGGGUUCAAAGCAAUCGAAAGGAUGCUGUGGAAGAAGCUGAAAAAGUCUUGUUCAGAAUGCAAGAAGCUUCCGGUAUUUUGCCUACAAGUCGCCAUUACAAUGUGGUGAUUAAUGCGCUGGCAAAAUGCAGGAAUCCUGAUGCCCAUAAAGCCUACAAUUUACUCCGACAGCUACAGGCUUUGGAUUCGUACACCCCGGAUAUUAUCACCUACACUUCGGUAAUUGAAUGCUGUUCAAAGUCAUCUGACCCGCAUGCGGCAGAGAUAGGCUUAGAGUUAUUCGAGGAGGCAAACGAUUUGUACCGGGGGACUGGUGACAAAGGCAUAAUGCCAAACUUGUUUUCAUACACAGUGACGAUACGCGCAUUAUCCACUAAUCCAACUCCGGAGAAUGUUCGUAUAGCUAGGGAUCUUCUGGAGAAACUAGUGGCGACAUACGCAGAGACUUUGGAUGACAGCUUGUGUCCAACUACCUAUCCAUUCAAUUACGUUAUCAACUGUGCAGCAAAUUGUGUGGGAUCGCAUGACGAAAAACUUCGAGCAUUCAAGAUUGCCGCAAAGACAUACAACGAGAUCCGAAGCUCAGAAAUCAUUCAACCAGACAGCUUCACAUAUGCCUUUUGGUUCAAAUGCUGCAACAAUUUAUUGCCUGAAGGGGAUAUCAGAACGAAAGGGCUCACCUUCGCGUUUGAACAAUGCAAGCGCUCUGGACUUGUCUCUUCAGAAGCACUGAGAAGAUUGCUUGCGGGCACACCAUCAAAGCUUGCAACUUCCUUGCUUGGCAUCCCAUUCAACACAUCUCCGUUGGUUUACCGACAAUACACUCUGGAGGACUUUCCACCUGGCUGGAGCAGAAAUGUGCGAAAAGACUCCAACUAA